UCUCUCCUGAUGAAAUCUUGGUUCUAUUUUUUUUUUUUUCUCAUCAUCGGCAUUUUAAUGGAAACUGAUUAAUAUUUAUUCAUUUAAUUAAAUUUCUUUUUUUCGAUUUCGAACCGAAUAUCAAUCGGUUAUUCGCAUUUCUCGGCACUCACCAGAUCCGAAAAUCUCUCUCUCUCUCUCUCUCUCUCUCUCUCUCUCUCUCUCUCUCUUAAUUCCCACCCUUUGUGUUUUUUUAACCGCUAAUUUUUGUAAUUUGUAAUAAACAUAGAAAAUCAGUUGUAUUUUGGGGAUGAAAUCAGUGGCUGUAGUAAAUCGACAAACAGAAAAUUCAGGAACAAUCGUUCCCGGAGCAACAUUUCAUGCUUCAGAUUGAUUUCAGUUUCUCUCGUAUGUCAUUCUUCUCUUUCUCUCUCUUCACCCAGAAAAAAAAAACAACAACGAUCAGAUUUCUUCAUUUUUUCAACUCAUUUUGUUUAUUGUAACAAAUUGCAUUGUCUAUUUUUGACAAUGUGGGUUGGUUUCUGUUGAAUAAGAUCUGAUUCUGUAAUCUGGGUUAAUCUGGGCUGGGAUUUCCGUUCAAUUUUUCCUUUCGGGCUGUGAUUCGUCUGCGUUUCCGAAUUCGAUUGGAGUUAUUUUGAAUUGUUUGGGGGAAUGCUGUUCAUUUGGGAGAAGAAUUUGAAAAUUUUAGGUUUUCACAUUUGAAUUUGGGGCUGGAAUUUCGUGUUAUCGAAGAGGAUCUUUGAUUUGUUACGAAUUUUGAUUUAGGGCAUUGAUGAUGCUGUUAAUAAGAGUCUUGAUAAAUGCUGGAGGUAUUAGAGAAAAAUAAACUUACUUUAUGUUUUAGGAACAUCAGGUUUCCUGUUAACAAGAACAGGGGCCUGAAACUCACAUUUGGCAUGGGCUGCGUUUGCUCCAAAGGGACGAAAGAUGAAAACAAAGUCAAGAAAGAGAAAGGGUCGAAGAAAUCCUCGAAAAAGUUUGUAGCAUCCUCGAGGAACGAUGAAAUCGUGGUGGAGGUUGAUAACGGGGGCAAUGAUGCGACCGCGAGGCUUAUAUCAACAGAGAUCGCCGACAAAAGCGCGGGGUCCACCCCUGCCUUGUGGGAGGAGGGUGAUAAAAAUCCUACGGUUUUUGAGAAAGCUGUAGUGGCACAAACGCAAAUACGUCCGACAAUCGAACCUGGACAACAAGGAGGGCAGCCUCAAUUGUCUAGGGUAUUAAGUAUCAGAAACGGUGUCGAUGGUGCACAAGUUGUUGCCGGAUGGCCUUCGUGGCUGACGUCUGUGGCUGGAGAAGCUAUCAAGGGUUGGAUACCUCGAAAAGCAGACUCUUUCGAGAAAUUGGAUAAGAUCGGUCAAGGGACGUACAGCAGUGUGUACAGAGCUCGUGAUCUCGAAACUGGGAAAGUUGUUGCUCUGAAAAAGGUGCGGUUUGUCAACAUGGAUCCAGAAAGCGUCCGUUUCAUGGCUAGGGAAAUCCUUAUUCUACGUCGGCUCGAUCACCCUAAUGUUAUGAAGCUUGAAGGUCUCGUCACUUCGAGGGUUUCAGGCAAUUUGUACCUCGUAUUUGAAUACAUGGAACACGAUCUUUCUGGACUUGCUGCUUCGCCUGUAGUUCGAUUUACCGAGCCUCAGAUCAAGUGCUUCAUGCAACAGCUGUUUCGAGGACUUGAACACUGUCACAGUCGUGGAGUCUUGCACCGUGAUAUUAAGGGUUCGAAUCUUCUGAUCGACAACUCUGGAAAUCUGAAAAUCGGUGAUUUUGGGCUGGCAACUUUUUUCCGAGCCUAUCAAAAGCAACCUCUAACUAGCCGUGUUGUGACUUUGUGGUAUCGACCACCCGAGCUUUUGCUCGGUGCUACAGAUUAUGGAGUAUCUGUUGAUUUGUGGAGUUCGGGUUGCAUUCUUGCCGAACUAUUUGCAGGAAAACCAAUUAUGCCAGGAAGGACAGAGGUGGAACAGCUGCAUAAAAUCUUUAAACUAUGUGGUUCGCCCGCAGAAGAAUACUGGAAAAGAUCAAAACUACCGCACGCAACAAUUUUCAAACCUCAACAGCCUUACAGACGAUGUGUGGCUGAGACUUUCAAGGAAUUCCCUUCUUCGACUUUAUCACUACUCGAUUCUCUCCUUGCUUUUGAACCAGAGUGUAGAGGAACGACCACUUCUGCUCUUCAUAGUGAGUUCUUCACUACAAAGCCCCUACCUUGUGAUCCUUCAUCGUUGCCAAAAUACCCACCUAGCAAAGAAUUUGAUGCCAAAGUCCGAGACGAGGAGGCAAGAAGACAAAGAGCAGCUAAUGGAAAGGGAGGCGGAGCGGAAUCUUCUAGAAAAGGAUCAAAAGAUUCCAAAGCAGUCCCGGCACCCGAUGCUAACGCUGAACUGCAAGUCUCAAUACAGAAACGGAAAGGACUUGCGAACCCGAAGAGCAAUACCGAGGUUUACAAUCCAAAAGGAGAUGGUGAGUCCGGCUUUCUGAUGGAAGCUUCUAGAACCUUGGAUGCUGUGGACGAGGGGCGCCACCUCAGCUCUUACAGGGGAUUGGAUUCGUCUGGAUAUAGAGAGUUAAAGACUCAGAGAUCUUUUAAGCCACAAACAACAUCUGCACGGUUGUCAAAAUUCUCGAAUUCGGUGGCGUCUCGUGGCAGCUCACAGCUCGAUUUUAGUAGAGACUCGAGCAUUCAUUCUCAUUGGCCGAACAACAACAGAUACGAACAGAUGAACGAUGCUGAGUCAUCCAACCAUUUACUCGGAAGACCUAAUUCUCCCCACAAGAAUAAUAAUGGAGAAGCCCCUCUCAAGGAGACUGAUGCGGUAUAUGCACUAAAGAAGACACGAAUGCACUAUUCUGGACCGUUAUUGCCUCACGGUGGAAGUGUGGAGGAAAUGCUGAAAGAGCACGAAAAGCAGAUUCAGAUAGCCGUAAGAAAAGCUCGCGAGAAGAACAAUACAAGGAAAGCACAAAACGAUAAUGGACAAACCGAUUUACUCCUAGGAUAUCCCAAAGUCUCGGAGAGAUGAGGUGGCAAACUAAUAUCGAUCUUACGGAGUGGGCGGGAAUCUUUUUGGGCGUGUAAGGUCGGUCGUAAACAGUAUCGAUUCAUGUACAGUUUUUAAACACAAAAGAAAAAAACUGUAAAAAUCCUUAUGAGGACUGUAAAAAUUCUUAUGAGGACUGGAAACAGACUAUAUAUUAGAUUUGAUUUUCAUUAUUACUUUCUUGUCGUUGCCUCUGCUAUAACUUCUAUUUAUUUAUUUAUUUGUUUAUUUAUGUAAAAAAAUUGUUUUUAUUUUCA